AUGUACUCUACCCUCAACAACCACAUCAAUCCUGCUGGUUGGUCUCAAUGGAGUAACUCGAGUCCCAAUACUUCUGGUGUGACUUUUGCCGAAUACAGCAACAAUGGCCCCAUCUCUCAAUACAGUGCAGCCAAGGUAUUUGGUUCCACUUUUUGGAUUGAUUCCUCAGGUUAA